UUCCAAAAAGCCGUCUCUCACCUUCGGCAAGCCCGCCCAGUCGCUCUGGCCCGCGCCGCCCCGCUUCCAGGUGUUCCCACGGCCCGCGCCUCCCCGCCCCGGGCCCUCCCCCCGGCUUCGGGCAGGUUCAAUCCCCAGAGCCGGCCCCACGCCCGCAUCCUCCUCCCACUCCGUCCCGGGCCGCCGCCGCUAAAACCCGAGGCUCCCCGGUGGAACUGCCUUCUCCUCUCGGGUCCGGGGCGGGCUCUGAGCGCUCCUGCAAAGACCCAAGGUGUUAAGUCUCCAGGGGAGCCCUGAGCCGGGGGUAGGGGGGCGCGAUCCGGGACCCGGCGGGGUCAUGGAGCCCCAGGGGACGCUAAGUUCGGAGAAGCAGGGACCCGCCCUCUUUGGAGAUCCCCCGCCAAACGAGGGGCUGCCCGCCCCGGGGGUCCUCCGCAUGGAGAGUGGCGGGGACGGCGGCGGCACAUCGGAGGCCCCAAGCCCCGACGCUGAGCCCUUGCCGCCGGAGGAAAAGGCUGCUCCCCCUGAGCAGGAGGAGGCGUGGGAGUGCCGCCGCCGCCUCCCGCGUUCCUUCUCCCUGCCCGCGGACCCGAUCUUGGAGGCGGCCAAGUUGCUGCAGCAGCGACAGCAGCUUGGCCUGGGGCUGGGCCCGGAGGGCGGCGAGCGGGCCGAGGGCGCGCCGCACAGCUCCGGCGGCUGCUGCGCCAAGUGCAAGAAGCGGGUGCAGUUCGCGGACGCGCUGGGGCUGAGCCUGGCCAGCGUGAAGCACUUCAGCGAGGCCGAGGAGCCGCAGGUGCCGCCCGCCGUGCUCUCGCGCCUCCGCAGCUUCCCCCUGCGCGCCCAAGACCUAGAGCAGCUUCCCGGCCUCUUGGCCGCGGCGGCAGCGGCCGCGCCCCUCUCCGCGCCACCUCCCCGGCUUCGGCCUCUUUUCCAGCUUCCCGGGCCGAGCGCCGCCGCCGAGCGACUGCGGCGGCAGCGCGUGUGCUUGGAGCGCGUGCAGUGCUCGGUGCCCUCGGGCGCAGAGGUGACGGGCUCCGGCCGGGUGCUGGGCUGCCCCGGGCCGAGAGCCGUGGCGGUGCGCUACACCUUCACCGAGUGGCGCUCCUUCCUGGACGUGGCGGCCGAGCUGCAGCCCGAGCCGGCGGAGCCACAGCCGCCAGAGGCGUCGUCCGGGGGGCCCGGGGACGCCGAGGGGGAGCCGGGCGCCGAGCGCUUCCACUUCUCGCUGUGCCUGCCGCCGAGUCUGCAGCCCCAGGAGGGGGAAGACGCGGACGCGCCGGGCGCCGCGGUCCACUUCGCCGUCUGCUACCGCUGCGCGCAGGGCGAGUACUGGGACAACAACGCGGGGGCCAACUACACGCUGCGCUACGUGCGCCCUUCCGACGCGCUCUGAGCCCGAGGCCCUGCCCCAGGCCCCGCGCCGCCUCACAGCUGCCGGGUGACCUGCGGAGACGUCUUCCUGAGCACCGUCCACCGGGGAAGGAAAGGAGGGAGCCGUUCAGCUGUAAACUCCCACCAGGACGGAUCCUUCGAGCAAGCAUCGUGAGCCCGGGGAAAGCACCGAACCUGCCCGGCCCGUUUUCUCCUCGCUUAGGCCUCUCUAGGCUGCCUCUAGAAUUCUCGCCCUGCGCCAGAAUGCGAAAAAAUUCUUGACUCCGAGCCGUAGCUGCCUUCAAGGAAAAGGCCCUAACCCCUGUGCACAGCUGUAAGACCUUGGGAUUUGUUUUCAACUGUAGACAUCGUGUUUUAGCCUUUGCAGCUUGCUGCAGACGCCUCGGGUCUCAGGGAAAGGACAGGCAUCCCGCCACAUCCUGCGGAGAGAAGGUGCCGGACUGUGGGUGUGCGCUGGAGCCUUCACACAGCGGCCCGUUUCUCGGUGAAAACCGGGUGGGGCCUUGGCUGGGCUGUCCUUUUCUCUUAACUGGGAUCUGGGAGAUGUUUGCACAGACUGGACGUUAUUUACUUGGCCCUUUGUGUACACACGUCUUUUAAAAAAAAUAAAGGCCACUUGCA